AUGACUUCAGUUGCAAACUCCACCGAUCAAGAGAAGGGUCCUUUGGAAGACCAUGUGGAAAAAAUAUCCACACACGAAUCGCCUCUAGCUUCUAUUUCUGAAGAACAUAAACAAUACCUUAUAGCAAAGCACGGGACUUAUGCCUUGGACCCAUUGCCAUCAAUGAGUGAUGAUGACCCAUUGAAUUGGUCAGAUGGGUUUAAAUACUUGCAAUUGGGAAUGGUCGCAUUCCAUGGGUUUAUGGGAACAUUUAUGGCAUCAGGUAUAGUACCUUCGUUUGGUAAGUACUCAGAGAUCUUAAACAAACCAGUCCCCACAGUUUCAUACUUGACAUCAGCACAGAUUGUGCUCAUUGGUACGUUUCCCAUGAUUUGGGUACCUGUUAUGCAAAGGUACGGCAAGCGGUUGUUGUUGAUUAUAUCAGUGUUGGGAACCAUGGCAUUUUCCAUUGGCGCUGUUUUCAGCACCGAUUACGGAACCUUGAUGGCAAUGAGAUGCUUACUGGCUGUAUUUGUUUCGCCUGGUUUGGCUGUUGGUGGUGCCAUUGUUAAGGAGACUACAUUUAGUCACCAAAGAGGUUCGAGAAGUGGUAUAUGGGCCAUCUCGGUCAACUUGGGAACCAUGUUUGGCGCCUUGUUCAUGGGGUUUGUUGCUGAAUACCAACAUCCCAAAUACGUCCACGUUGUUUUCGCUAGUAUUAUGUUUGUGCAAGCAGUUUGCUACUUCUUACUCGGUAAAGAAACGUCUUACAACCCAAAUGACUUGUCAAGGAAUGAGACUAAUAGAUUCAAGCAGUUGAGAUUUAAGGCCAUAUUCCCAGAAAAUAAAAUUACUGUUCUCAAGGUGCUUGAGCCAUUGACGUUUCUUUUCAAACCAAGAGUAUUUAUCCCGGCUUUUGGUUACACCAUUAUGUUUAUGCAUGGUAACAUUGCCAUGAAUGUUGAAAUUCCUCAAGUCAUGGUCCAUAAAUUUGGUAUGGAUCCACAAGCAUUGGGUUUGCAGUUUAUUUCAUUCAUUAUUGGUACCUUGAUUGGUGAAGUUGGAGGCUACUUGUCUGACAAGUUGGUGCAGUGGGGCCACAAAAAUAAUAAAGGACCCAGUUUUCGAUUAUGGGUAACUCAUCCAGGAUACAUCACAUGUAUUCUUGGUUUAAUUAUCUUUGGUGUUCAAAUACAAAAUAUUGAUCACUACAAUGUGACACCAUUGAUUGGUUGUGCCAUUGCUUCUUUUGGAUUGCAAGUUGGUACAUCACCAAUUAUUGCUUACUGUAUUGAUCUGGAUCAUACUAAAGCGGUUCAAAUUAGUUUGUUUGUGACAUUCCUCAGACAAUUGUUUGCCUUUAUCGGGCCAUUUUAUUUCCCCAAAAUGUUUGACAAUUUAGGGUUUGCCAAAGCAUAUGGUAUUAUGGCAGCUCUCGUUGGAGGUUUGGGCUGGAUUACUACGAUCUGUUUACAGUUCUAUGAACAGAGGCGUGGUAGAUAG